AUGGGCACGUCCACCAAACCCAGCGAUCCUCUCAUCUGUGUUUGCCAACACGACAACGUUCAAGAGCCAAGCCGACGAAGAGAAUGCAGUGCGCCCAGAACGGGUCGCACACAAGGUGUCAGGCCCGUUUCGGACGCAGCACAGCGUACAGCCUCGCUUCCUGACGCUGCCGACGGUUACACGCUCACGUCGUGUACCAAAUCAACCCUCUCCUCGCAGCAGGCCCUCCCUGCCCCGUCGCUCAAAUGCCGUUUCCGUCUCUCCUCGCCGUCCACAAUUUACAACCCCGCUGGCACCAGCCCUCGUGCUACCAGACCGUGCUGCUGA